CCAGAAUCCAAAUAACCAAAGCAGUAAAAAAAAAAAAGGAAAACAGAAACACUCACUGUCUCAAGGAAAAAAGAAAAAGAGAAAACCCUAAAACAAAUUACCAAUCACAAGUUUGUACACACUCUCUCGCUCGUUCUUCGAAAAUCUCCACUGCUCCCCUUUUGCUUGCUCCCCCCGAGCUCUGCAUCUGGUGGAUUCACUGUGGGAUUCCUAGGGUUUCGAUGGUCUGAGAAUUUGCGAGUGGCGAGUGUGUGUGUCUGAUUGUUUUUUUUCCAGGGAGAGGAUCUGUUAGGGAUUUCGUGAAAGAGUUUUGAAACUACCGAGUUUGGUCAUGGCUUCCGCCGACAAGGAGCUCGAGCAACAGCUCGAGGAUGCGGGGAACAAGCUGCUCAACCCUCCUUCUUCCGUCGACGAGCUUCUUCCCCUUCUCGACCAAGUCGAGAGUUAUCUUGUAAAGGUGGAGCAAUCACCUACAAAAUCAAUGCAAAGUGCACUGGUUCCAUCACAAACUGCGUUGAUCACAGACCAGCUCUUUAGGCAUUCAGAUGUGGAUGUUAAAGUUGCUGUGGCUUCUUGCAUCAGUGAAAUAACAAGAAUAACAGCACCAGAAGCUCCUUAUGAUGAUGACCAGAUGAAGGAUGUCUUUCAGCUGAUAGUAUCUUCAUUUGAAGACCUGGAUGACAAGAGUAGCCGAUCAUAUGUCAAGAGAACAUCGAUACUUGAAACUGUUGCUAAGGUCCGGUCGUGUGUGGUGAUGUUGGAUCUUGACUUGGAUGCACUGAUAUUAGACAUGUUCCAGAAGUUCCUCAAGUCUGUAAGGGAUCACCAUCCUGAAAAUGUUAUUUCUUCCAUGGAGACCAUUAUGCAACUCGUCUUAGAAGAGAGUGAAGAUUGCCCCCCGAAACUGUUUUUGCCCCUUUUAGCUAGCGUGAAAAAGGGAAACGAGGAAGUCCUGCCCGUUGCUCGCAAGCUGGUAGAGAGUGUUCUUGCAAAAUGUACUACACAGGUCAAGCAGGGCUUGUCAGCUGCUGUGAAAGCUUUACAGACUUCUUUGGAUGACUACAGUGAUGUUGUUGUUUCGAUAUGCCAAGAUGUUCGUCUCGACGAUAGUGAACCAGCAGAUAAUAAUAAAGUAGAAGGAAGCAAGUCAGAUGGGGCGUUGGUCGAUGAGGCUGCCGAAGCAAAUAAAGAUUUGACAGCAGGAGUUGGUUCUUCUGAAGUACCCACUUCAGCAGGCAAGUCCUCAAAGUCAGUUGUAAGCAAUGGCGUGGCAAAGACAAGGGUAGCUGAGUCCUUGGCUGAAUCAGAUUCCUUGAAAGCCCCUGAGGAGGAUAAAGCCACUGAGGAUACAAAAAGCGAAAAUGUUGAGGUUAAUGUUUCUGUGACCGAGAAGGUUGCUAAAAAGGAAAGCAGGCCAGAGCAGAGUAACAGAAAGAGGGCGAGAAAAGCUAACUCAUCUGCAAAGUUGAUCGGCCGUUCUGAGGGUAAACAUACUGCUGAUGAUAAAGAAGUUGAGAAGCUUCCUGAAGGCAAAAGUCACGGCAUAGAUGCUCCAAAUUCACCUCAUGCAGAUCAAUCUGUGUCAGGCGAUGCUGCUGGGGCUUCUGAAAGUAAGCUAAAAAAUGAUAUGCAGCCUUUGUCCCCUAAAGCUGUGGAUGGCGAGUCCUUGGCUGCUUCUCCAUCUGCGAGUGAAAGCCCUGUUGAUGAAACUCUUGCAAAAAAGGUUGCUCGUUUGAAGAAGAAAGAGGGUUCAGUAAAGGAGCUGGUGCAAUCUACUGAUGAUGUCCAAAAAAGGGCAUCAGAAGGGACAAGCGAUUCAGAAGUGAAGACCACCAAACGCUCUGGUAGAAAGGCACCUUCUGGAACCUCAAACAAUGAUAAAUCGGUAAAGAGAACUGAGACAUCCAAGAAAGAAAGUGGUGGAAGUGAGUUAGACGCCAAACUACUGAAGCAGUCAUCUAAGGCAGAUGAAGGAAGUAAGACUGCAGAAGGAUCUUCGUUAAAGCAGUCUGAAGAUAAGAACCGACGCAUGCGCGGAAAAGCUGUCUCGGGGAAAAAUGUUGCGAAAACUUUACCCAAAGAUGAUGACAAUGAAAAUAUUUCAUCCCUGAAGUCUGCAAUAAAACAAGGGAAAGAAGAACAUCCAAUUGAAGAGACUCCCAAGACAAGUAGCAAAAGGAAACGUGAUGUAGGGAAGUCCGCAGAAAAAGAAGUGGCAUCUGAUGCUAAAGGUUAUGGAGACGAAAUCGUCGGUUCAAGGGUACAAGUAUACUGGCCACAAGACCGUAAGUUUUAUAUGGGCACUGUUCAAUCGUACGAUGCUACCAAAAAGAAGCAUGUGGUUGUUUAUGAUGAUGGCGAUGAAGAAAUUUUAAAUAUGAAGAGACAGAAGUUUAAGUUCAUUAACAGUGAAUCUGGUGCAUCUGAUUCGGAGGAUGAGGGAGAAGCAGCCAAACCUUCAAGUCCCGAUGCUUCAUCUGAGAUACCGGUAAAGAAGAAGGCAAAAACUGAGCAGUCGGCUAAAAAGGAAAAGAUGGAUGCUUCCCCUAAAAGGGGUGGCGGGGCUUCUAGCAAAUCCAAGAGUGUAGCAGCUGGUGGGAAACCAGGUCGGAAACUGAAGGAAGUCGAUGAAACUGAUGCGGAAGAUUCCAAGGCUUCCAAGAAAACAGAGGACGAUAGCGGUGCCAAAACCAAGGAGCCUACCCUCAAGAGUGGAGGUAAAUCAGGUGAUGUUCCAUCUUCCAAAACUCCAGGGAAAUCCAAGACCACCGACGACUCUGUUGCGGCUUCUAAAGCUACUGCAAGUACAAAGUCGAAAGACGAUGGUGGCGCUAGCUCUUCUGCCAAGUUGCCGAAAUCCAAACAAUCAACCAAGAAGACUCCUGGCGGGAGAUCAUCCUCCAAGGCUGAGAGCCCGAAGAUAGCUUCCUCCAUUGCCAAGGGUAAAGGCAUCAAGGGUGGCGCGAAGUCCAAAGCUAAUGGUACAGGGAAGCCCAAAACUGGUUCGGCCAAGGCAAAAGACACUGAGGUGGAAGACAGCUCUGGUGACGAGUCGAUGAAAGAAGAGGAGGAGACUAUCGAGGAUAAACCGUUAUCAAAGGGACAGGCCAGUGAGGCAAAGAGCGGGAAGAAGCGGCCAAGGGGAGGCUAAACUUGAUGAAGAUGGAUGGAUGGAUGUUGUUCCGAAAUUCGGGUCUGAGAGUUGGCGUUCAUGUAGAGAGCAUUAGCAGCAGGAAAGGCAGAAGCUUGGGUUCUUUUUCUCCGUGCAUAUGGAAUUUUUAUGGAGCGAGUUUAAGGGGAGCAUUUUGUAGCGUGGAGUUUUAGCUGUCUUUGGUAUUGUUGAGAUAUCAGAAGCACAGGUGGGUAAGGAUAGUUGGUACUGUUAGGUGGGUCCUUAAUCGCUCUAUUUUAUUAUCUAAUUAAUCAAUGGUUAUUUAAGGGGGACAUAGUACAGUAGAAGAAGAGAGCGUCGGGCUUAGCCAUUGUUGAAUAGAAGCUGAUCUUCUUCCAUUUUCUUCUUAAUCAAUAGAUUAUUUUAGUUUCAGAUAACAAACUUGGUUUCUGUGCAUUCAACUCCUGUCUUGGCUCUGUCUUCGUCUCUUCCGUUGGCGACGAUUUGCAGAGAACCAGUGAGUAGAAGGUUAAUUUAGGAAUGACAAUGGGCAGGUCCGAGGUGGGUUUCUUGGUAUCUAGACCCGUCCGUGGAGGUUUGU